AUGGGGGUUUCUUCAGAACGGCUGUCGCUGACGCCGUUCGUGCGGCACUGGCAGCCGGCCGCGUACGAGCCGCCGCACGCGCUGCGCCGGCGCAGGGCGGCGCCCGCGCAGCCCCCGCCCCCGCCCCCGCACCCGCUGCGUAUCACCUUCCGCGCUCACAACAGGGAAUUCAAGCUGGUGCUGCGGCCAGACCCGAGCUCCGUGUACGCGGAGGGCGUGCAGUUCCACUCGUCAUCCGGCCCGCUCGACUACAACACCGCGCAGGUCUACUCGGGCAAGCUCGAAGAUGAUGAGUCUUCACACGUGUAUGGAGUCAUCACAGCGGAAGGUCUCUUCGAUGGAACUAUCUGGACACCAACAGAAGAGUAUUAUGUGGAACCGUUAUCCCGUUACAACGUAGACCAUCCUUCCAUGCACAGCGUCAUAUACAGAAAGUCGGAUGUUGAUCAUCCUCAUGAAAGCGGAGCCACGCCUUGUGCUUCCCACCUGCUGCACGUCAAAAGAACUCUCGGGAGUCAGGGAGAACUUUUCAAUUUCACAAACCUUCCAGAUAAAGAAUCGUCGCCCCACAACCGCUCUGAAGACCUGAAUAGUGAAAUACAUAGACGCAAAAAGAGAUGGCUCCCCGAAGACGAAAUGCAAGAUGAUGAGCCAAAGAAGAACCCCGAAUUACCUUUAGAUUUAGAUGUCCCUUACACCAGUAAUAGUGAUCCUUUUGACAAGUUCAGCACGAGAAAACCAAAAACUAAAAUCGACAAAAGUAACCUCAUAACUAAGGUGCGGCUCGAUUCUGAAGAGUCGAGACCUAGCAAGCCAAAGACGCACGUCGAAGUGAUCAAAACGAAGGCAGGAGUCGUGACAGUCAGUAAAGAUAUAGUCAAGAAGGAGCCAGUAGGAUAUACAGUGCUGUCGGCCAACGGGACCGACGACGGCCGCCAUGUAAAUAAGAGAGCCACGGUAGACCCUAGGAAAACAACUUGUUUAGUGUACUUGCAAGCCGACCACAUGUUUUUUCAACGUUACGGAUCGGAGGAGGCCUGCAUAGAAGUCAUGACUCGACAUGUACAAAAAGUCAACGCGAUAUACAAAGUCACGGACUUCAAUCAAGACGGCAAGCCCGACAAUAUAACCUUUAUGAUCAAAAGAAUAAAGGUUCAUACGUUAGACGCAUUAAAGGAGCCUUCGUAUAGGUUUCCCAACAACUACGGCGUUGAGAAAUACUUAGAGCUUUUUUCAGAAGAAGAUUACGACGCAUUUUGUUUGGCAUACAUGUUCACGUACAGAGAUUUUGAGAUGGGCACUUUGGGUCUGGCUUGGACGGGCGAUCUCAAGAAUGCUGGUGGCGUCUGCGAAAAGAAUGGGCACUACCGAGGGAGUAUGAAGUCGCUAAACACAGGCAUAGUGACGUUACUAAACUACGGCAAACAUGUCCCGCCAGCGGUAUCCCACGUCACUCUCGCGCACGAGAUUGGUCACAACUUCGGUUCUCCGCACGACCCUGAAGUGUGCACGCCAUUCGGCGAGGACGGCAACUACAUAAUGUUCGCACGCGCCACCAGCGGCGAUCGGAAGAACAACAACAAAUUCUCGCCUUGCUCGCUCCGCGCUAUAGACCCGGUGCUCAACAACAAGGCGCGUUCUCCGAAAGGCUGCUUUACAGAACCUCAACCAGCGAUCUGCGGUAACGGCGUGGUGGAGGAAGGCGAGGAGUGCGACUGCGGCUGGGCCUCCGAAUGCACGGACGUUUGCUGCCGGCCGCAGGCGCCGCGCCCCCACUAUAAGCCCUGCACGCUUACAGAACACAGUGUCUGCAGCCCUAGCCAGGGUCCUUGCUGCACCGCCUCCUGCACCCUCAAGUUCGGCGACAAGUGUCGCUCGGACAACGGCUGCCGCGACGCCGCCCAUUGCGACGGCAAGCGCGCCGCCUGCCCCGCCAGCCGACACAAGCCUAACCGCACGCGCUGCGACAAGGAGCUCGUCUGCUACAUGGGAGAGUGCACGGGCUCCAUCUGCCUGGCGUACGGGCUGGAAUCGUGCCAAUGCGCGGCCCGGGCGGACGACGCGCGAGCGGCCUGCGAACUUUGCUGCCGCAAGCCGGGCGGGCCCUGCCUGUCCUCCUUCCACUGGAACGCGCCGCCCUAUGACGUGCCCGACAUGUAUGCUAAGCCGGGCACGCCUUGUAACGAUUACAACGGCUACUGCGACGUGUUCCAGCGCUGCCGGGAGGUGGACCCGUCGGGCCCGCUGGCCACGCUGCGCAAGCUGCUGCUGUCGGACGAGAGCAUCGCCGGCUUCAAGCGCUGGGUGCUGCGCCACUGGUACGCCGUGCUGCUCAUCCUGCUUGCCGUCAUCGCGCUGCUGUUUGCAAGCACACGUUUCUUCGGCCGGCACGGCAAGAAACUCAAGUCCGUCACCAUCAUACAUUCGUCCACCACUGAAACCGUCCGCCUGCCCGACGCGGCCGACCAAGGCCUCAUUGUACAUACAGCUCACGACCCUGAAGUGUGCACGCCAUUCGGCGAGGACGGCAACUACAUAAUGUUCGCACGCGCCACCAGCGGCGAUCGGAAGAACAACAACAAAUUCUCGCCUUGCUCGCUCCGCGCUAUAGACCCGGUGCUCAACAAUAAGGCGCGCUCGCCGAAAGGCUGUUUCACAGAACCUCAACCAGCGAUCUGCGGUAACGGCGUGGUGGAGGAAGGCGAGGAGUGUGACUGCGGCUGGGCCUCCGAAUGCACGGACGUGUGCUGCCGGCCGCAGGCGCCGCGCCCGCACUAUAAGCCCUGCACGCUUACAGAACACAGCGUCUGCAGCCCAAGCCAGGGUCCUUGCUGCACCGCUUCCUGCACCCUCAAGUUCGGCGACAAGUGUCGCUCGGACAACGGCUGCCGCGACGCCGCCCAUUGCGACGGCAAGCGCGCCGCCUGCCCCGCUAGUCGACACAAGCCUAACCGCACGCGCUGCGACAAGGAGCUGGUUUGUUACAUGGGAGAGUGCACGGGCUCCAUCUGCCUGGCGUACGGGUUGGAAUCGUGCCAAUGCGCGGCCCGGGCGGACGACGCGCGAGCGGCCUGCGAACUUUGCUGCCGCAAGCCGGGCGGGCCCUGCCUGUCCUCCUUCCACUGGAACGCGCCGCCCUAUGACGUGCCCGACAUGUAUGCUAAGCCGGGCACGCCUUGUAACGAUUACAACGGCUACUGCGACGUGUUCCAGCGCUGCCGGGAGGUGGACCCGUCGGGCCCGCUGGCCACGCUGCGCAAGCUGCUGCUGUCGGACGAGAGCAUCGCCGGCUUCAAGCGCUGGGUGCUACGCCACUGGUACGCCGUGCUGCUCAUCCUGCUUGCCGUCAUCGCGCUGCUGUUUGCAAGCACACGUUUCUUCGGCCGGCACGGCAAGAAACUCAAGUCCGUCACCAUCAUACAUUCGUCCACCACUGAAACCGUCCGCCUGCCCGACGCGGCCGACCAAGGCCUCAUUGUACAUACAGCUGUAAGGUCGAAAGUUCCUCUUAAAAAGAAAGUAGCCUUACGCACACGCGCGUAUCGCAACAAGAAGGACCUCAAGAAAUUAGGGGACAAAGCGUCUCCGUCUCACAGUGCCAAUAAAAAGAGAAAGCCAAUUUCUCAACCGAAACAAGAAGAAACCCAUAAGGUUACUAAAGAAAGUACUGCAAUCGUAACGAAUGCAGAAGGCAAAUCCCCGAAACACGUGAUAUUAUCCAAACACAAAGGCAAAGUUAAAAAGCGGAAAACGAAAAUGAAAAAGGAGACUAUAGACUACAGUUCCAUGCAAAAGCAUCCCUCGUCCCCCACGAAGGACACCGAAGCUCUGACCAAGGUGCAAAAAUGGUUACUGAGCUCACCGCAGCCGACGGUCAUCCCCAAGUCGAAGUCCAUCCCGGUCAACCUCACCGACCGCGCUCACAGGCAGGUGCAGAAGGGCACGCGCAAAACCCGGCCCUCGAAGAGCGCCACGAACCUCCUCACGGGGGAGAAGGCGAGGCUGCAGGUCGUGUUCAAGCCGCCCUUCCGGUUCAGCGUCAAAAUCUGCAAGAGCGACAAAACCAAAGUGGUCCUCGACAAAUCUUCCAAGCCCGACGUGGACCGGAAGCGUCACGAAGCCCCGCCCGCGCAGACCAUCUCCGCGGAACUCGCCAAAUCCAGUCCAUCCAGUAAGCACCAGAAAAAUUCCAACUCGACGAGGGUCGACAACCCCGCGCCCGGCCUCCCGAAGCCGGACGCGGCGCCGGCGCCCGACGGCGGCGACCACGGCUACGCCAACCUGCUGCCGCGCAGCGCCAGCGACUGCAAGCUCGCCCGGAAGCCGCUCGAGGUGAAGCUGCGCGCCGGCCACCGCAAGAGCAACUCGGUCGGCCAGCGCCGCGACACCACCGACAGCCGCCAGAACCUCAUCGCGCCCGACGACGACCACGCGCACGUGUACGAGAACGUCGCGCACGACGCGCCCGCGCCCGCCUCCUGCCGCAUGCCGCGCCGCGCGCCGCCCGUCGCGCGCCAGGCCUCGCACCCGCACUUGCCGCGCGCGCGCCACCACCGCCGCCGCGGCAGCAGCGCCGAGCUCGACCACUUCUACAGCGUCAUCGAGUCGCUGCGCCGCGGGCCGCACGCGCCCGCCGCCUCCGACGCCGGCUCGUCGGGCAGCUCGGCGGGCGCGGCGCUGCGGCGCCAGCUGAGCGAGGCGGAGCUGGGCGCGGACGCCGUGCGCGGCUUCCAGCUCGUGGUGGGCAAGAGCCGGCUGAAGCGGCAGCUGAGCGACAACGAGCUGUGCCGCUCGCGCGUGCGGCUGGCGAUGCCGAUGUCGGCGGGCGCGGAGCCGCGGCAGGCCUUCUGCUGGGCGCCGGCGGGCCGCCAGCGCGGCGCCUGCACGUUCGGCGAGCUGAAGCACGCGGCCCCGAGCGCCGCCGAGCCCGCGCCCGCGCCCGCCUGCCCGGCGCUGCCCGACUGAGCGCGGGCGAGGACUCCGUUGAUGUGUAUAUUGUGAGCGAGUCGCGGCGCGUCGACCGAUGUAAAUAUUGUAAUUUGCUUUUUUAUAUUAAGACUAAUGUAACCUGCCACUGAAACGGACCAUUCCUCAGUCUUUCCGGGGACAUAUUUUUUUAUGAAUUUUCUUUUAUUGUUUGGGAAACGGGACACGUGUUGAUGAUGUCGAGCGAAUACUCGUAACGUGAUCGUGCGAUCGUACCGAAUACGUAAGUAAGUAUUUGCCCAACCUAGGUAUAGAAUUUUUCCAACGUUGAUUUUGUUGCUAUUUUAUAUUUAUUUUAAAACCCUCAGCCCCGUGACCCGCGCCACGCGACUAGCAAUGGUCUCGUUUCACUGAAUGAUCUCUAUAAAUGAAUCUCUAUUUUUUCUACAUGCUAUGUAUUGUACAAAUUUACUCAUACCUGUGUAAAGUGUUCAUGUACGAUUACUUUAGUAUUUACUUUAGCAUUUCUUUUUUAUUUCAAUUUAACGAUUAAGUAACUAUUUUUUAUAAUUUUAAGCCAAUAUUGAACAAAUCAAGUGAUUAUUAUUUUUAUUUUUGUAACAUUUUCUUAUGAUUAAUUUAGAUAGUCGUCAAUUAACGUGUCAAUAUUUCAACUAAAACUAAUUAUCAGAUACACCGAACUAAUCAGAAUACAAAUUGUUUAAGG